AUGGCUCCUGCCGGUCCACUGGUGUUCGCAGGGAAAUCGGUGGCAAGUUCGGUCAUCAAGGAGGUUGUCACCAAGGCCUUCAAGUACCUCGAUGGAUACUUUAGUGCUGGAAGUAUGGAGGAGAUGAAGAACAAGAUAGAGGAACGGAUGCCACAGAUCCAAGCCGUGCUUGAUGUUGUCAGCCCAGAUCACAUCAAAGACCAAAGUGAAGCACUGGAUCGGUGGUUCUGGAAGCUGAGUAGUACUCAGCAUUCCUCACUGAGGGAUGCCGUUGAGGAAGCUGAGGAUGCUAUUGAUGAGCUCGAGUACUAUGAGCUUGAAAAGAAGGCCAAGGAUCGCAAGGUUAGUGACUGGGGUUCUCCAUUUACUAAGGUGAAACAUAAAGUUGUCAAAUCUGUAAAGUCUGUAAGUGUUGUGGAUAAGACCUUGAAACAGUUUACUCACCGUGACUCACUUAAGAGACUGAAAAAAGCUAUGGAGAGUUUGGAUAAGGCUUCUGCAGGUACAACAAAAUUUCUAGAAGUUGUAAAAUGCCUCAAGGAAGCUACUUCCAGCAGUCCAAAACAGGAAGAAUUAAUGAACAAUGAUCGGCAGACAGGUUCAAUAUCAACUGUAACAAAACUUUUUGGGAGAGAAAAUGAGAAGAAGUUUAUAAUUGAAUGGCUGACCAAGGAGACAUCAGUUGAAGAAGAUGAAAUUAUGAUUAGCACUAACCAUAUUCCCAUCCUUUCUCUAGUUGGUCAUGGUGGUAUGGGGAAGACUACUUUGGUACAGAGCAUAUGUGAAGAAGGUGAUGUUGUUAAGGAUUUUGAGAUAAUAUGGGUUACUAUAUCUACUAGCUUUGACGCAACGUCUGUGACAAGGAAAAUACUAGAAUCUGUAAACAGGAAAACCCCUAAGGUUGGUAGUUUGGAACCACUACAGCAACUUCUAAAGGAUAAUCUGAAGUCUCGUAAGUUUUUACUUAUUUUGGAUGAUGUGUGGGAAGAAGAGAAAAGAAAUGAGUGGGAAAAGCUAUUUGCACCUAUGAGAACAGGGAAGCGUGGGAGCAAAAUUCUAUUGACAACCAGAAUGGCAUCAGUUGCUUAUGUUGUUGCAAAAGUGAUGGGAGUUGGAAUAGAGUGCUUGACACUAGAAGGACUUGAAGAAGAUGAUAAUUUUGAGCUCUUCAAUCACCAUGUGUUUGCUGGACUGGAUUCACAUGGUUACGAGCACUUGAAAUAUACUGGAGAACGAAUUGCAAAGAAACUAGGAGGAUGUCCCUUGGUAGCUUUCAAGAGGUCCCUGUGA